AUGGUAUUCGUGAACGAGACGGUAUCGUUGCCGCCGAGGCAGUUGGUGUCUGUGGCUUUGGAUCGCGCGUCUGCGUUGCUGGUCGGCGCUCUGGACGUGCAGAGCGUGAGCAUGGCUAGCCUGGCAGUUCCUCGUUGGAGCGACUUCGUGCUGCUGCACCGCGUGAAGAACGGUGGUGAAUGGCAAGUGUCGGGCGAGUUGCAGUCGAGCGAUGCGAGGUGGCUGAAGACUGCGGAGGUGGUUCUGGCGCCGCGCACGGCCAAGUCUCAGGCUAGCCAAGUCUCAGGCUGUGACGGUGUAAACGAACGUGAGGCUCCGAACGUGACACUGGUGGACGCGGUGUCGUCGCAAUCCGUGGUGGUGGAGGUCUCACACUUGGUCCGGAGCAUACCGGACCCAGGCUGUGACGGUGUAAACGAACGUGAGGCUCCGAACGUGACACUGGUGGACGCGGUGUCGUCGCAAUCCGUGGUGGUGGAGGUCUCACACUUGGUCCGGAGCAUACCGGACCCUCGGUCUCUGGUGUCGACUGCACUGCUGCAGCCGAUCGUGGUGGAGAACCGGGAGGACGAGCCUGCGUUGGUUUCGAUGGCGGACUUGGGCGCGUUGGUCCGCCAACGCGACUGCAAAAUGAGUUAA